CACAUCCCAACAGUCGGUCGAUUUGCGGACAAAAUCCUAGCCAGGUAGUUGACUACCUAUUUUCGUUUCUCUUUCUCAUUUUAUUGUAGGUACCUAAGCUGGACGACGGAGUGGGCCGUCAAGAGAACAGCAUUCCAGUCCAGAAUCAUCACUCGCUUCGCCCUUUCAGCCCCUCGUCGUUACCAGAGGGGCUUCCCAUUCCAAUUGCAACAAUGAACUCCAUUCAGCGACCUUUCCUCUAUGAUCAGGAAAAGUACGAUGACGCACGUUUCCCUCCGACCACGUUCGAUCCCAAGGCCGUUACUCGCGCCAGUUGGGAGGUAAAACCGCCGAGGCCCAAGCAAGAAGGGCCACUGGUCAAGUUCAACCAGCAUCCUGAUGCUCAAGCCAUUCUCACCCACCGGACCAACAACAAGAGGAUUGGCGACCGAACAAAGAGAUGGAUUGUCCGUUUGAGAAUCGUACAGCUCUGUCUACGGGUUCCUGAAUUAAUUGGAUCAGCUGGUGUUCUCGCCAUGUUCAUUCUCUUGACCGAUGUCCCGGAAUUGACUUCUUGGAUCAUGCGCAUUGCUGCUGCCGGAAUCGCUACCCACAAUGCAUACUCGAUAUAUCACCUCCAGCGGCCUGCAGGAGAGCGCACGCCAGCCUCUUCUGCCGGUUACAUGGUCUUCUCGGCUCUUUUUGAUCUGACCGGCCUUGGACUGUUCACAUUCGGCGUUAUCGCCGUCAUCAAUGACAGUAUGCAUUGGGGAUCCCUGAUUCACGGCCCUUCACAACUGCGCGAAUACUUCAUCAAGGCUGCCUACUACGCCCUGAUUGCUAGCGCCGGCCUUCACUUCAUCUCUUUCAUCAUAUCCGCCUGGCUUGGCUAUCAGUUCCGUCAAAUCACACGCCUGCCACCCGACAUGAACCCUCUCGAGUCUCACUUGACUGCGCGUCGUGUCCAGGCCGGCCGCCGUCGCAAGGAUCACAAGCGCAACAAGUCCUCGGUUGCGACCACGUCUACUAGUUUCACGGUGGGCAGCACAAGUCGCCUGUCUACCCCUAUCGAGUCCCAUCGCCGUUCUGGUGCCCCCUAUGAAGACGUUUCGGUUCGCCCACCGUCAGUCCCCUUUUCCCAUACCAGACGUAAUAGCGAUCUCAGCAUUUACUCCAAGAGGGACUCGCGUAUCGACCUUCCAAGCCACUUGUAUCAGACAUCCACCACCAGCUCUUUCAGGGAUGGCACCGGCAAUGCGCAAUUUCAGGCCAUGGGCCAGAACCUGCAAGGCCCUGUCCGCCCUAUGUCGGUUGCUUCCAUGUCCACGUCGCCCCCUUCAUAUCACGCCACUCAACCCCAAACGCAGUCUCGCGGUUUGUACUCCGGGGUUCCCCUUGAAGAGAAUUUGGGAGCCCCAGGAUCUCGCGGCAGCAGCAGUGGUAGCAGCCAAGGCCGUCAGCCCAAGUUCACCGAGUCCUGGAUGCCAACCAAGUCCCUUAUCCAUCGAACGCAGCAACGACAGCAGAUGGCCAUCAAUAACCUCGUCCUUAGCGCUGCCAUGGGAGAUCGUCCCUAUUCAGUGGUCAGCCAGCGUCGCGAUCUCGGCCGUGACGACGGCGUCUCGGACGAGUCCGACGACGAGAAUGAAAAUGUUGCCAAUGGUGGACUAUACGACGACGCAUCCCGCUACCGUCGUGCUGAGGCUUUGAAUAUUGCCCCAGACGACGACGAGUCUGAUCUCGGUAACAGCGCCCCGCCACCAGUCCCCUCGCACCGACACACAGUUUAUCUAGGCCAUCAGCAUCCCCUUCGCUCCAACCCUUCGACGCCCCCACGACCCCAGACCCCAUUUGAAUACCGUCCGCCCACUGCCGUUUCCGAUUUCAGCGCCGAUGCCCGGGCCGCCAACGACAGCCAGGACAUUGCAGACUUGACUCCUUCCGCCGAGGUAAUCGACACCCCGCCAAAGGCUUCACGUCGCAAGUCUUUUGGUCGGGAGCUCAGCAAGCGCAUGACUUGGGCUGGACGGCAGAGGGACAGCUCCAUCCAACCAGAGUCCGGCUUCUAUUCCAAGCCUUAUGGUGACCUCCGCUCUCGCACGCCGCCCGAAAUGGUGACGAGCGUCAACAUCAAGGUCGCCGGAACGGGAGAUAGCCGCACCCAUACAGAAUCCCCUCGCCAAGUGUCAACCGGCAAUGACUAUUACGACAUGGGCAAUGGCGGUGGCAAUAUCUACGCCAGGCGGAAUGUCAGCGGCAAGAUGGCAGAGGAAGGCCGUGCCGGUGGAGCCAAGACCGUUUUCUGA